AUGACAUUUCAAGUAGCCUUACCGAAACUUAGACGAACUCUCACAGACAUAAUGGAGGAUGAGCUGUAUCAUGUACCGGAUCUUCCAGCGACCGCUGAUGCUGAUAUGACCGAACCAUCUAUGUACGCAAGCAACACGAAUAUUGAUACAGAAAUGAACCUGUACCAGGAUUAUUCCCGAGCCCUCAACAGAAUAAGCAGCGGAUCAAACAGCCCUGUCGUUUCCCAUUCUGGCGCAUACUGGUCAAAUACUAACUCCAUAAAUGGGAGCCAGGAGUUCCUAACGAUACCGGAUACCAUGGAUGAAGAUAAAGAUCAAGAUAUGACAGGCAUGAUGGGUUUGCAACAGAAUGAUCCGGCUCAACCCCCUUUGGAAGAAGACAAUGGUGAGGAUGAAGACGACGAAUUUGAUGAUGACGAGGUAAUUUAUGAUUAUGACUACGAGGUCAAACCAUUCACCGCAUAUGCCGAUCGUAAUGCUCUUAGUUAUGGAUAUGAACCAUUUCAAAAAGUUGAGGAUUAUAACAAGAAUUACAUGCUCAGUUCUUUUAAGGGAUUCCCUGAGAAAGCUGAUCCACAACUUAGCUUUCCCGAUGACGAAAUUUUAGGGCGUAAUCCGUUUGAUUUUGAAAUGAAUGACACAUCCUCCAAACUCUACAUUUAUCCCGAGGAAGAAGACAAGGCCGAGAUCAAUCAUUUCGACCUCAAGAAAGAGUUCCUUGAGGAAGAUAUUUCUGAGGAUGAGAACGAUGAUACCAACAGAACUAACAACAUUGAAAACAAUACAACAAGCAUGAUUAACAUCAACCCUGGGUUGGCAGAAGCUGGCAAUUCUGUAAUUCCCCCACAAUUACUCCGAAGUUCCCCAGUCAUUUCCCCCAUCUCCAACCAAGCCCAGGAGGCUACCGGUACAAACUCCGUAAGAUCCAAUGUUUCUGAGAACAACACCCCCAAGCAGCAAGAAAUCAAGUUCAAGAUUCCAUCGUCUCCUUCCGGGGAAGAAGACGUCCACCAGUGUCAACUUGUAAAUCCUACCACCGGUCAGAAAUGUUUCAAGCAGUUUUCUAGACCCUAUGAUUUAAUCAGACAUCAAGAAACCAUCCAUGCGGAACGCAAGAAGAUUUUUCGAUGUAUUCUGUGUGAAACGGAUGCUUUAAGACAUGAGAAUAGAGUUCCCGCCUACUACGAUGGGUGCAAGUUCGUUAGUGUUCCUACGGAAUCAGGGGAAUUGGCCCGGGUCGUUCUUCCAGAUCAACCCCCUCGUAUCUCCAAGAAGACUUUUAGCCGUGGAGAUGCUCUUUCUCGACAUGUUCGUGUAAAGCAUGGACUUACCGGUACAUCUGCAACUGAUGCUAUAAGAUAUGCAAAAGAUCAUGUAGAAUACCUUUAG